ACCGGGACCUCAGCGGGCGCGCAGCUCCGGGCGGUGCUGAGGAUGCGGCGGGGACGGGGGAAGCGAAAGGCCGAGGUGACAGAGGUGCCGCCCUUGUCUCGGAGGAGGACGGAGGAAGAGGAGGCGAUACAGAACGCCCGUCGGAGGGCGGCCCCGUCCGUUCGAGAGUUCAAGUACAACAAAAAGCGGGUUCGCCUUGUCUCUCAGGUCUCGGACCUGAAGGAUGAUGCUCGGUGCAUCCUUUACUGGAUGUGCCGGGAUCAGCGAGUGCAAGAUAAUUGGGCUUUCCUCUACGCCCAGCGCCUGGCCCUCAAACAGGAGCUGCCUCUGCACGUCUGCUUCUGCUUGGUGCCCAAAUUUCUGGAGGCCACCAUCCGCCACUACAGGUUCAUGCUGAGGGGAUUGCAGGAGGUAGCGCAGGAGUGUGCAGAGCUGAACAUCUCCUUCCACUUGCUGCUGGGCUAUGCCAAGGAUGUGCUGCCCACGUUUGUGGCAGAGCAUGGUGUGGGUGGGCUGGUGACAGACUUCAGUCCCCUCCGCCUCCCCCGGCAGUGGGUAGAGGACGUCAGGGAGCGGUUGCCAGAGGAUGUGCCAUUUGCACAGGUUGAUGCCCACAACAUCGUGCCCUGCUGGGUCACCUCCCCCAAGCAGGAGUACAGUGCCAGGACCAUCCGGGGCAAGAUCCACGCUCAGCUCCCCGAGUUCCUCACCGAGUUUCCCCCUGUUGUUCAUCACCCAUAUCAGCCCUCCUGCCCAGCAGAGCCCAUUGCUUGGGAGGCCUGCUAUUCCAGCUUGCAGGUGGACCACACCGUGAAGGAGGUGGAGUGGGCAACCCCUGGCACAGCUGCAGGGAUGGCUGUGCUGAAGUCCUUCAUUGCAGAGAGGCUGAAAUCCUUCAGCACCCACAGGAAUGACCCCAACAAGGCAGCUCUCAGCAACCUGUCCCCGUGGCUUCACUUCGGCCAGGUUUCCACCCAAAGAGCCAUCCUGGAGGUGCAGAAGCACCGGCGCAAUUACAAGGACUCAGUGGAUGCAUUUGUGGAGGAGGCUGUGGUACGGCGGGAGCUGGCUGAAAACUUCUGCUACUACAAUGAGAACUACGACAGUGUGCAGGGUGCCUAUGACUGGGCUCAAACCACUCUGAAGCUCCACGCCAAAGACAAGAGGCCUUACCUGUACAGUCUGCAGGAGCUGGAGCAGGGAGCCACACAUGACCCACUGUGGAAUGCUGCCCAGCUGCAGAUGGUCUGGGAGGGCAAGAUGCACGGCUUCCUGCGGAUGUACUGGGCCAAGAAGAUCCUGGAGUGGACGCGAUCCCCUGAGGAGGCCCUGCAGUUUGCCAUUUACCUCAACGACCGCUACGAGCUGGACGGGAGGGACCCCAAUGGAUACGUAGGCUGCCUGUGGUCCAUCUGCGGCAUUCACGACCAGGGCUGGGCGGAGCGGCCCAUCUUUGGCAAGAUUCGCUACAUGAACUACGCCGGCUGCAAGCGCAAGUUCGAUGUGGACCAGUUUGAGCGUCGCUACGCCCCCACACAGCCCCAGUGAUCCUCUGUGCUGGGGCAGAUGUGCCUUUGCCAAGCUGCCAGCUUGCAAGGAUCACCCAGUGAUAUUGAAGGGCUCCCUGUAGCAGCAGCAGACUCCAGGGUUUUGCGGGUCUUUGCCAUCACCCACUGCUCGAGUUGCCACACUGGGGCACCUGCUGGAGCCCUUUUUGCUGCCACAGGUUUGCUGGCAGCUGUGAGAGCCCAUCUUCAGCAUGCCUGUGCCUGCCAGAAACCUCUUCUACAACCACGGUUCUCAGGAGUAGCCCAGGUCACUAUUGUUGCUGGUAAGCACAGCUGAGAUUGGGGCUGAGCAGGGUGUUCCUAGGGAAAAGCCCCCAGGAAGAGGCUCUUCAUGGAGCCAGUGCUGUCAGACAUAUCUUUCAAAAAUUGUUGUAGAGUUUACAGUUUCUAUCACCUGUGUUGAUGGUGUUUAUGGGGAGAUGCACAACACUGCUGUGAAGGGAGAACUGGGUGGCAUGGGAUGGGGAUGCAAGCACGGACAGUGCA